AAACCACAAGCCGUUAGUAGUAAGCUCCGGUGGUGGCGCCUUCAUUAUGGCCUCCGUCUCGCUCUAUUCCAUUUCCAUUCCGUUCUACAGCGACGUUGUGAGUAACGCCUCCUCUCUCUCUCUGAGAAGCGCGGAGCGGAGUUAAGAGAGGGAGAGACGCAGCAACCAACAGCACGCGCGGGGCUGAGGGGGAUGAAGGCCGAGAAGGCAGCGGUCGCCGUCGGCGGCGGCGGCGGCGGCGACGAGUGGCGGUGCCGGAAGCACCCGGUGGCGAGAUCCGGCGGCGGGGUGUGCCCGCACUGCCUCCGCGACAGGCUCCUCCGCCUCUGCCCCAACUGCGCGCACGUGCGACCCUGCCCCUGCACGUGCGCGUCCCCGUCCUCCUCCUCGUCGGCGUCCGGCGAAGCGGUCGGCCGGGUCCACACCCUCAUCGAGCGGGAGCACCGGAUUGCGCGGUCACGGUCCGUCGCCGCGUCCUCCUCCCUCGCGGCGGCCUCCACCGCAUCAGCCACUGCCGGCGCGGUCGGGGGGAGGCGGAAGGCGAGGGUCUGGGGGUGGCCGCCGUUCUGGAAGCCCGCGGCCAAGGACGGCGUUGCUGCUGCGGCGGAGGAGGACGAGGAGGAGGAGGGGGGGAUGGGGCUCGCGAGGUCGAGCUCGGUCUCCGCGACGGUAGUGGAGGCAAAAGCGGCGGCCGCGGCGGCGAAGGCGCGGUGGGGGUGGCACUUCCCGAGCCCGCUCAAGGCGUUCCGGCACCGGAGAUCGUCGGCGAGCAUGCCGGAGCGAGGAUGAGUGAGAUGGCUCGGCAUGGCCGGAAAAAGCGAUCAGUAGGGAUGUGUGCUGCUUUAGAGGACUAAAUUAAUUAAUUAACUAGACGGGGGAGAUUACAGGAGAUUUUUCCUUUUGGCCUUUUUGUGGCUUCGCGUGCUAAUCUUAUGAUUAAAUUAGACCAAACUCCAAAGCCUGUGAUUUGGGCGUAAUGUGUGCAUAUGCUCCUGCCAGUGGUGUUCUCUUCGUUGCUUUUGCUCCUUUUUAGCGUGCUUGAAAACGUUGUAGCCUGUGUACAUCAAAUUGGGAAUUUUAAGGUCGCUGAUUUGAUCCGCA